UUGGAUUAUCCAAUCUCGGAAACUUAUGACGGCCCACUCGAAAAUACCACAAAAGCUUCGAAUAUUGAAGACAUCCCACUGGCUCACCAAAUUUCAAAUUAUCCAACUGAAUUUGAGUAUGAAAAAUUGCCAGAGCAAACAAUUUCGAUUCAACCAGAAGAAGAAAAGAGAGAUGAACCAAGCUUGAAAUCUAAAAUUACUGGCCUCUUCAAAAAGUCGCCAUCACACCUCGAUUAUCCAAUCUCGGAAACUUAUGACGGCCCACUCGAAAAUACCACAAAAGCUUCGAAUAUUGAAGAUAUCCCACUGGCUCACCAAAUUUCAAAUUAUCCAACUGAAUUUGUGUAUGAAAAAUUGCCAGAACAAACAAUAUCGAUUCAACAAGAAGAAGAAAAGAGAGAUGAACCAAGCUUGAAAUCUAAAAUUACUGGCCUCUUCAAAAAGUCGCCAUCACAUUUGGAUUAUCCAAUCUCGGAAACUUAUGACGGCCCACUCGAAAAUACCACAAAAGCUUCGAAUAUUGAAGAUAUCCCACUGGCUCACCAAAUUUCAAAUUAUCCAACUGAAUUUGAGUAUGAAAAAUUGCCAGAGCAAACAAUAUCGAUUCAACAAGAAGAAGAAAAGAGAGAGGAGCCAAGCUUGAAAUCUAAAAUUACUGGAUUGUUCAAAAAGUCGCCAUCACAUUUGGAUUAUCCAAUCUCGGAAACUUAUGACGGCCCACUCGAAAAUACCACAAAAGCUUCGAAUAUUGAAGAUAUCCCACUGGCUCACCAAAUUUCAAAUUAUCCAACUGAAUUUGAGUAUGAAAAAUUGCCAGAACAAACAAUAUCGAUUCAACAAGAAGAAGAAAAGAGAGAUGAACCAAGCUUGAAAUCUAAAAUUACUGGAUUGUUCAAAAAGUCGCCAUCACAUUUGGAUUAUCCAAUCUCGGAAACUUAUGACGGCCCACUCGAAAAUACCACAAAAGCUUCGAAUAUUGAAGAUAUCCCACUGGCUCACCAAAUUUCAAAUUAUCCAACUGAAUUUGAGUAUGAAAAAUUGCCAGAGCAAACAAUUUCGAUUCAACAAGAAGAAGAAAAGAGAGAUGAACCAAGCUUGAAAUCUAAAAUUACUGGCCUCUUCAAAAAGUCGCCAUCACAUUUGGAUUAUCCCAUCUCGGAAACUUAUGACGGCCCACUCGAAAAUACCACAAAAGCUUCGAAUAUUGAAGACAUCCCACUGGCUCAUCAAAUUUCAAAUUAUCCAACUGAAUUUGAGUAUGAAAAAUUGCCAGAACAAACAAUAUCGAUUCAACAAGAAGAAGAAAAGAGAGAUGAACCAAGCUUGAAAUCUAAAAUUACUGGAUUGUUCAAAAAGUCGCCAUCACAUUUGGAUUAUCCAAUCUCGGAAACUUAUGACGGCCCACUCGAAAAUACCACAAAAGCUUCGAAUAUUGAAGAUAUCCCACUGGCUCACCAAAUUUCAAAUUAUCCAACUGAAUUUGAGUAUGAAAAAUUGCCAGAGCAAACAAUUUCGAUUCAACCAGAAGAAGAAAAGAGAGAUGAACCAAGCUUGAAAUUUAAAAUUACUGGCCUCUUCAAAAAGUCGCCAUCACAUUUGGAUUAUCCAAUCUCGGAAACUUAUGACGGCCCACUCGGAAAUACCACAAAAGCUUCGAAUAUUGAAGAUAUCCCACUGGCUCACCAAAUUUCAAAUUAUCCAACUGAAUUUGAGUAUGAAAAAUUGCCAGAGCAAACAAUUUCGAUUCAACCAGAAGAAGAAAAGAGAGAUGAACCAAGCUUGAAAUUUAAAAUUACUGGCCUCUUCAAAAAGUCGCCAUCACACCUCGAUUAUCCAAUCUCGGAAACUUAUGACGGCCCACUCGAAAAUACCACAAAAGCUUCGAAUAUUGAAGAUAUCCCACUGGCUCACCAAAUUUCAAAUUAUCCAACUGAAUUUGUGUAUGAAAAAUUGCCAGAGCAAACAAUUUCGAUUCAACCAGAAGAAGAAAAGAGAGAUGAACCAAGCUUGAAAUCUAAAAUUACUGGAUUGUUCAAAAAGUCGCCAUCACAUUUGGAUUAUCCAAUCUCGGAAACUUAUGACGGCCCACUCGAAAAUACCACAAAAGCUUCGAAUAUUGAAGAUAUCCCAUUGGCUCACCAAAUUUCAAAUUAUCCAACUGAAUUUGAGUAUGAAAAAUUGCCAGAACAAACAAUAUCGAUUCAACAAGAAGAAGAAAAGAGAGAUGAACCAAGCUUGAAAUCUAAAAUUACUGGGUUGUUUAAAAAGUCGCCAUCACAUUUGGAUUAUCCAAUCUCGGAAACUUAUGACGGCCCACUCGAAAAUACCACAAAAGCUUCGAAUAUUGAAGAUAUCCCAUUGGCUCACCAAAUUUCAAAUUAUCCAACUGAAUUUGAGUAUGAAAAAUUGCCAGAGCAAACAAUUUCGAUUCAACCAGAAGAAGAAAAGAAAGAUGAACCAAGCUUGAAAUCUAAAAUUACUGGGUUGUUUAAAAAGUCGCCAUCACAUUUGGAUUAUCCAAUCUCGGAAACUUAUGACGGCCCACUCGAAAAUACCACAAAAGCUUCGAAUAUUGAAGAUAUCCCAUUGGCUCACCAAAUUUCAAAUUAUCCAACUGAAUUUGAGUAUGAAAAAUUGCCAGAGCAAACAAUUUCGAUUCAACCAGAAGAAGAAAAGAAAGAUGAACCAAGCUUGAAAUCUAAAAUUACUGGCCUCUUCAAAAAGUCGUCAUCACAUUUGGAUUAUCCAAUCUCGGAAACUUAUGACGGCCCACUCGAAAAUACCACAAAAGCUUCGAAUAUUGAAGAUAUCCCAUUGGCUCACCAAAUUUCAAAUUAUCCAACUGAAUUUGAGUAUGAAAAAUUGCCAGAGCAAACAAUUUCGAUUCAACCAGAAGAAGAAAAGAAAGAUGAACCAAGCUUGAAAUCUAAAAUUACUGGCCUCUUCAAAAAGUCGCCAUCACAUUUGGAUUAUCCAAUCUCGGAAACUUAUGACGGCCCACUCGAAAAUACCACAAAAGCUUCGAAUAUUGAAGAUAUCCCACUGGCUCACCAAAUUUCAAAUUAUCCAACUGAAUUUGAGUAUGAAAAAUUGCCAGAGCAAACAAUUUCGAUUCAACCAGAAGAAGAAAAGAGAGAUGAACCAAGCUUGAAAUCUAAAAUUACUGGAUUGUUCAAAAAGUCGCCAUCACAUUUGGAUUAUCCAAUCUCGGAAACUUAUGACGGCCCACUCGAAAAUACCACAAAAGCUUCGAAUAUUGAAGAUAUCCCACUGGCUUACCAAAUUUCAAAUUAUCCAACUGAAUUUGAGUAUGAAAAAUUGCCAGAGCAAACAAUUUCGAUUCAACCAGAAGAAGAAAAGAGAGAUGAACCAAGCUUGAAAUCUAAAAUUACUGGCCUCUUCAAAAAGUCGCCAUCACAUUUGGAUUAUCCAAUCUCGGAAACUUAUGACGGCCCACUCGAAAAUACCACAAAAGCUUCGAAUAUUGAAGAUAUCCCACUGGCUCAUCAAAUUUCAAACUACCCUACUGAAUUUGAGUAUGAAAAAUUGCCAGAACAAACAAUUUCGAUUCAACCAGAAGAAGAAAAGAAAGAGGAGCCAAGCUUGAAAUCUAAAAUUACUGGGUUGUUUAAAAAGUCGCCAUCACAUUUGGAUUAUCCAAUCUCGGAAACUUAUGACGGCCCACUCGAAAAUACCACAAAAGCUUCGAAUAUUGAAGAUAUCCCACUGGCUCAUCAAAUUUCAAAUUAUCCAACUGAAUUUGAGUAUGAAAAAUUGCCAGAGCAAACAAUUUUGAUUCAACCAGAAGAAGAGAAGAAAGAGGAGCCAAGCUUGAAAUCUAAAAUUACUGGCCUCUUCAAAAAGUCGCCAUCACAUUUGGAUUAUCCAAUCUCGGAAACUUAUGACGGCCCACUCGAAAAUACCACAAAAGCUUCGAAUAUUGAAGAUAUCCCACUGGCUCACCAAAUUUCAAAUUACCCAACUGAAUUUGAGUAUGAAAAAUUGCCAGAGCAAACAAUUUUGAUUCAACCAGAAGAAGAGAAGAAAGAGGAGCCAAGCUUGAAAUCUAAAAUUACUGGCCUCUUCAAAAAGUCGCCAUCACAUUUGGAUUAUCCAAUCUCGGAAACUUAUGACGGCCCACUCGAAAAUACCACAAAAGCUUCGAAUAUUGAAGAUAUCCCACUGGCUCAUCAAAUUUCAAACUACCCUACUGAAUUUGAGUAUGAAAAAUUGCCAGAACAAACAAUUUCGAUUCAACCAGAAGAAGAAAAGAAAGAGGAGCCAAGCUUGAAAUCUAAAAUUACUGGGUUGUUUAAAAAGUCGCCAUCACAUUUGGAUUAUCCAAUCUCGGAAACUUAUGACGGCCCACUCGAAAAUACCACAAAAGCUUCGAAUAUUGAAGAUAUCCCACUGGCUCAUCAAAUUUCAAAUUAUCCAACUGAAUUUGAGUAUGAAAAAUUGCCAGAGCAAACAAUUUUGAUUCAACCAGAAGAAGAGAAGAAAGAGGAGCCAAGCUUGAAAUCUAAAAUUACUGGGUUGUUUAAAAAGUCGCCAUCACAUUUGGAUUAUCCAAUCUCGGAAACUUAUGACGGCCCACUCGAAAAUACCACAAAAGCUUCGAAUAUUGAAGAUAUCCCACUGGCUCACCAAAUUUCAAAUUACCCAACUGAAUUUGAGUAUGAAAAAUUGCCAGAGCAAACAAUUUUGAUUCAACCAGAAGAAGAGAAGAAAGAGGAGCCAAGCUUGAAAUCUAAAAUUACUGGCCUCUUCAAAAAGUCGCCAUCACAUUUGGAUUAUCCAAUCUCGGAAACUUAUGACGGCCCACUCGAAAAUACCACAAAAGCUUCGAAUAUUGAAGAUAUCCCACUGGCUCACCAAAUUUCAAAUUAUCCAACUGAAUUUGAGUAUGAAAAAUUGCCAGAGCAAACAAUUUCGAUUCAACCAGAAGAAGAAAAGAGAGAUGAACCAAGCUUGAAAUCUAAAAUUACUGGAUUGUUCAAAAAGUCGCCAUCACAUUUGGAUUAUCCCAUCUCGGAAACUUAUGACGGCCCACUCGAAAAUACCACAAAAGCUUCGAAUAUUGAAGAUAUCCCACUGGCUCACCAAAUUUCAAAUUUUCCAACUGAAUUUGAGUAUGAAAAAUUGCCAGAACAAACAAUAUCGAUUCAACAAGAAGAAGAAAAGAGAGAUGAACCAAGCUUGAAAUCUAAAAUUACUGGCCUCUUCAAAAAGUCGCCAUCACAUUUGGAUUAUCCAAUCUCGGAAACUUAUGACGGCCCACUCGAAAAUACCACAAAAGCUUCGAAUAUUGAAGAUAUCCCACUGGCUCACCAAAUUUCAAAUUAUCCAACUGAAUUUGAGUAUGAAAAAUUGCCAGAGCAAACAAUUUCGAUUCAACAAGAAGAAGAAAAGAAAGAGGAGCCAAGCUUGAAAUCUAAAAUUACUGGAUUGUUCAAAAAGUCGCCAUCACACCUCGAUUAUCCAAUCUCGGAAACUUAUGACGGCCCACUCGAAAAUACCACAAAAGCUUCGAAUAUUGAAGAUAUCCCACUGGCUCACCAAAUUUCAAAUUAUCCAACUGAAUUUGAGUAUGAAAAAUUGCCAGAGCAAACAAUUUCGAUUCAACCAGAAGAAGAAAAGAGAGAUGAACCAAGCUUGAAAUCUAAAAUUACUGGAUUGUUCAAAAAGUCGCCAUCACAUUUGGAUUAUCCCAUCUCGGAAACUUAUGACGGCCCACUCGAAAAUACCACAAAAGCUUCGAAUAUUGAAGAUAUCCCACUGGCUCACCAAAUUUCAAAUUUUCCAACUGAAUUUGAGUAUGAAAAAUUGCCAGAACAAACAAUAUCGAUUCAACAAGAAGAAGAAAAGAGAGAUGAACCAAGCUUGAAAUCUAAAAUUACUGGCCUCUUCAAAAAGUCGCCAUCACAUUUGGAUUAUCCAAUCUCGGAAACUUAUGACGGCCCACUCGAAAAUACCACAAAAGCUUCGAAUAUUGAAGAUAUCCCACUGGCUCACCAAAUUUCAAAUUAUCCAACUGAAUUUGAGUAUGAAAAAUUGCCAGAGCAAACAAUUUCGAUUCAACAAGAAGAAGAAAAGAAAGAGGAGCCAAGCUUGAAAUCUAAAAUUACUGGAUUGUUCAAAAAGUCGCCAUCACAUUUGGAUUAUCCAAUCUCGGAAACUUAUGACGGCCCACUCGAAAAUACCACAAAAGCUUCGAAUAUUGAAGAUAUCCCAUUGGCUCACCAAAUUUCAAAUUAUCCAACUGAAUUUGAAUAUGAAAAAUUGCCAGAGCAAACAAUUUCGAUUCAACCAGAAGAAGAAAAGAAAGAUGAACCAAGCUUGAAAUCUAAAAUUACUGGGUUGUUUAAAAAGUCGCCAUCACAUUUGGAUUAUCCAAUCUCGGAAACUUAUGACGGCCCACUCGAAAAUACCACAAAAGCUUCGAAUAUUGAAGAUAUCCCAUUGGCUCACCAAAUUUCAAAUUAUCCAACUGAAUUUGAAUAUGAAAAAUUGCCAGAGCAAACAAUUUCGAUUCAACCAGAAGAAGAAAAGAAAGAUGAACCAAGCUUGAAAUCUAAAAUUACUGGCCUCUUCAAAAAGUCGCCAUCACAUUUGGAUUAUCCAAUCUCGGAAACUUAUGACGGCCCACUCGAAAAUACCACAAAAGCUUCGAAUAUUGAAGAUAUCCCACUGGCUCACCAAAUUUCAAAUUAUCCAACUGAAUUUGAGUAUGAAAAAUUGCCAGAGCAAACAAUUUCGAUUCAACCAGAAGAAGAAAAGAAAGAUGAACCAAGCUUGAAAUCUAAAAUUACUGGGUUGUUUAAAAAGUCGCCAUCACAUUUGGAUUAUCCAAUCUCGGAAACUCAUGACGGCCCACUCGAAAAUACCACAAAAGCUUCGAAUAUUGAAGAUAUCCCAUUGGCUCACCAAAUUUCAAAUUAUCCAACUGAAUUUGAGUAUGAAAAAUUGCCAGAGCAAACAAUUUCGAUUCAACCAGAAGAAGAAAAGAAAGAUGAACCAAGCUUGAAAUCUAAAAUUACUGGGUUGUUUAAAAAGUCGCCAUCACAUUUGGAUUAUCCAAUCUCGGAAACUUAUGACGGCCCACUCGAAAAUACCACAAAAGCUUCGAAUAUUGAAGAUAUCCCAUUGGCUCACCAAAUUUCAAAUUAUCCAACUGAAUUUGAGUAUGAAAAAUUGCCAGAGCAAACAAUUUCGAUUCAACCAGAAGAAGAAAAGAAAGAUGAACCAAGCUUGAAAUCUAAAAUUACUGGCCUCUUCAAAAAGUCGCCAUCACAUUUGGAUUAUCCAAUCUCGGAAACUUAUGACGGCCCACUCGAAAAUACCACAAAAGCUUCGAAUAUUGAAGAUAUCCCACUGGCUCACCAAAUUUCAAAUUAUCCAACUGAAUUUGAGUAUGAAAAAUUGCCAGAGCAAACAAUUUCGAUUCAACCAGAAGAAGAAAAGAGAGAUGAACCAAGCUUGAAAUCUAAAAUUACUGGAUUGUUCAAAAAGUCGCCAUCACAUUUGGAUUAUCCAAUCUCGGAAACUUAUGACGGCCCACUCGAAAAUACCACAAAAGCUUCGAAUAUUGAAGAUAUCCCACUGGCUUACCAAAUUUCAAAUUAUCCAACUGAAUUUGAGUAUGAAAAAUUGCCAGAGCAAACAAUUUCGAUUCAACCAGAAGAAGAAAAGAGAGAUGAACCAAGCUUGAAAUCUAAAAUUACUGGCCUCUUCAAAAAGUCGCCAUCACAUUUGGAUUAUCCAAUCUCGGAAACUUAUGACGGCCCACUCGAAAAUACCACAAAAGCUUCGAAUAUUGAAGAUAUCCCACUGGCUCAUCAAAUUUCAAACUACCCUACUGAAUUUGAGAAUGAAAAAUUGCCAGAACAAACAAUUUCGAUUCAACCAGAAGAAGAAAAGAAAGAGGAGCCAAGCUUGAAAUCUAAAAUUACUGGGUUGUUUAAAAAGUCGCCAUCACAUUUGGAUUAUCCAAUCUCGGAAACUUAUGACGGCCCACUCGAAAAUACCACAAAAGCUUCGAAUAUUGAAGAUAUCCCACUGGCUCAUCAAAUUUCAAAUUAUCCAACUGAAUUUGAGUAUGAAAAAUUGCCAGAGCAAACAAUUUUGAUUCAACCAGAAGAAGAGAAGAAAGAGGAGCCAAGCUUGAAAUCUAAAAUUACUGGCCUCUUCAAAAAGUCGCCAUCACAUUUGGAUUAUCCAAUCUCGGAAACUUAUGACGGCCCACUCGAAAAUACCACAAAAGCUUCGAAUAUUGAAGAUAUCCCACUGGCUUACCAAAUUUCAAAUUAUCCAACUGAAUUUGAGUAUGAAAAAUUGCCAGAGCAAACAAUUUCGAUUCAACCAGAAGAAGAAAAGAGAGAUGAACCAAGCUUGAAAUCUAAAAUUACUGGCCUCUUCAAAAAGUCGCCAUCACAUUUGGAUUAUCCAAUCUCGGAAACUUAUGACGGCCCACUCGAAAAUACCACAAAAGCUUCGAAUAUUGAAGAUAUCCCACUGGCUCAUCAAAUUUCAAAUUAUCCAACUGAAUUUGAGUAUGAAAAAUUGCCAGAGCAAACAAUUUUGAUUCAACCAGAAGAAGAGAAGAAAGAGGAGCCAAGCUUGAAAUCUAAAAUUACUGGCCUCUUCAAAAAGUCGCCAUCACAUUUGGAUUAUCCAAUCUCGGAAACUUAUGACGGCCCACUCGAAAAUACCACAAAAGCUUCGAAUAUUGAAGAUAUCCCACUGGCUCAUCAAAUUUCAAAUUAUCCAACUGAAUUUGAGUAUGAAAAAUUGCCAGAGCAAACAAUAUCGAUUCAACAAGAAGAUGAAAAGAGAGAUGAACCAAGCUUGAAAUCUAAAAUUACUGGCCUCUUCAAAAAGUCGCCAUCACAUUUGGAUUAUCCAAUCUCGGAAACUUAUGACGGCCCACUCGAAAAUACCACAAAAGCUUCGAAUAUUGAAGAUAUCCCACUGGCUCACCAAAUUUCAAAUUAUCCAACUGAAUUUGAGUAUGAAAAAUUGCCAGAACAAACAAUUUCGAUUCAACCAGAAGAAGAAAAGAAAGAGGAGCCAAGCUUGAAAUCUAAAAUUACUGGGUUGUUUAAAAAGUCGCCAUCACAUUUGGAUUAUCCCAUCUCGGAAACUUAUGACGGCCCACUCGAAAAUACCACAAAAGCUUCGAAUAUUGAAGAUAUCCCACUGGCUCACCAAAUUUCAAAUUAUCCAACUGAAUUUGAGUAUGAAAAAUUGCCAGAGCAAACAAUUUCGAUUCAACAAGAAGAAGAAAAGAGAGAUGAACCAAGCUUGAAAUCUAAAAUUACUGGCCUCUUCAAAAAGUCGCCAUCACAUUUGGAUUAUCCAAUCUCGGAAACUUAUGACGGCCCACUCGAAAAUACCACAAAAGCUUCGAAUAUUGAAGAUAUCCCACUGGCUCACCAAAUUUCAAAUUAUCCAACUGAAUUUGAGUAUGAAAAAUUGCCAGAGCAAACAAUUUCGAUUCAACCAGAAGAAGAAAAGAAAGAGGAGCCAAGCUUGAAAUCUAAAAUUACUGGCCUCUUCAAAAAGUCGCCAUCACAUUUGGAUUAUCCAAUCUCGGAAACUUAUGACGGCCCACUCGGAAAUACCACAAAAGCUUCGAAUAUUGAAGAUAUCCCACUGGCUCACCAAAUUUCAAAUUAUCCAACUGAAUUUGAGUAUGAAAAAUUGCCAGAACAAACAAUUUCGAUUCAACCAGAAGAAGAAAAGAAAGAGGAGCCAAGCUUGAAAUCUAAAAUUACUGGCCUCUUCAAAAAGUCGCCAUCACAUUUGGAUUAUCCAAUCUCGGAAACUUAUGACGGCCCACUCGAAAAUACCACAAAAGCUUCGAAUAUUGAAGAUAUCCCAUUGGCUCACCAAAUUUCAAAUUAUCCAACUGAAUUUGAGUAUGAAAAAUUGCCAGAGCAAACAAUUUCGAUUCAACCAGAAGAAGAAAAGAAAGAGGAGCCAAGCUUGAAAUCUAAAAUUACUGGCCUCUUCAAAAAGUCGCCAUCACAUUUGGAUUAUCCCAUCUCGGAAACUUAUGACGGCCCACUCGAAAAUACCACAAAAGCUUCGAAUAUUGAAGAUAUCCCAUUGGCUCACCAAAUUUCAAAUUAUCCAACUGAAUUUGAGUAUGAAAAAUUGCCAGAGCAAACAAUUUCGAUUCAACCAGAAGAAGAAAAGAAAGAGGAGCCAAGCUUGAAAUCUAAAAUUACUGGCCUCUUCAAAAAGUCGCCAUCACAUUUGGAUUAUCCCAUCUCGGAAACUUAUGACGGCCCACUCGAAAAUACCACAAAAGCUUCGAAUAUUGAAGAUAUCCCACUGGCUCACCAAAUUUCAAAUUAUCCAACUGAAUUUGAGUAUGAAAAAUUGCCAGAGCAAACAAUUUCGAUUCAACCAGAAGAAGAAAAGAGAGAUGAACCAAGCUUGAAAUUUAAAAUUACUGGCCUCUUCAAAAAGUCGCCAUCACACCUCGAUUAUCCAAUCUCGGAAACUUAUGACGGCCCACUCGAAAAUACCACAAAAGCUUCGAAUAUUGAAGAUAUCCCACUGGCUCACCAAAUUUCAAAUUAUCCAACUGAAUUUGAGUAUGAAAAAUUGCCAGAGCAAACAAUUUCGAUUCAACCAGAAGAAGAAAAGAGAGAUGAACCAAGCUUGAAAUUUAAAAUUACUGGCCUCUUCAAAAAGUCGCCAUCACAUUUGGAUUAUCCAAUCUCGGAAACUUAUGACGGCCCACUCGAAAAUACCACAAAAGCUUCGAAUAUUGAAGAUAUCCCACUGGCUCACCAAAUUUCAAAUUAUCCAACUGAAUUUGUGUAUGAAAAAUUGCCAGAGCAAACAAUUUCGAUUCAACCAGAAGAAGAAAAGAGAGAUGAACCAAGCUUGAAAUCUAAAAUUACUGGCCUCUUCAAAAAGUCGCCAUCACAUUUGGAUUAUCCAAUCUCGGAAACUUAUGACGGCCCACUCGAAAAUACCACAAAAGCUUCGAAUAUUGAAGAUAUCCCAUUGGCUCACCAAAUUUCAAAUUAUCCAACUGAAUUUGAGUAUGAAAAAUUGCCAGAGCAAACAAUUUCGAUUCAACCAGAAGAAGAAAAGAAAGAGGAGCCAAGCUUGAAAUCUAAAAUUACUGGCCUCUUCAAAAAGUCGCCAUCACAUUUGGAUUAUCCCAUCUCGGAAACUUAUGACGGCCCACUCGAAAAUACCACAAAAGCUUCGAAUAUUGAAGAUAUCCCACUGGCUCACCAAAUUUCAAAUUAUCCAACUGAAUUUGUGUAUGAAAAAUUGCCAGAGCAAACAAUUUCGAUUCAACCAGAAGAAGAAAAGAGAGAUGAACCAAGCUUGAAAUCUAAAAUUACUGGCCUCUUCAAAAAGUCGCCAUCACAUUUGGAUUAUCCAAUCUCGGAAACUUAUGACGGCCCACUCGAAAAUACCACAAAAGCUUCGAAUAUUGAAGAUAUCCCAUUGGCUCACCAAAUUUCAAAUUAUCCAACUGAAUUUGAGUAUGAAAAAUUGCCAGAGCAAACAAUUUCGAUUCAACCAGAAGAAGAAAAGAAAGAGGAGCCAAGCUUGAAAUCUAAAAUUACUGGCCUCUUCAAAAAGUCGCCAUCACAUUUGGAUUAUCCCAUCUCGGAAACUUAUGACGGCCCACUCGAAAAUACCACAAAAGCUUCGAAUAUUGAAGAUAUCCCACUGGCUCACCAAAUUUCAAAUUAUCCAACUGAAUUUGAGUAUGAAAAAUUGCCAGAGCAAACAAUUUCGAUUCAACCAGAAGAAGAAAAGAGAGAUGAACCAAGCUUGAAAUUUAAAAUUACUGGCCUCUUCAAAAAGUCGCCAUCACACCUCGAUUAUCCAAUCUCGGAAACUUAUGACGGCCCACUCGAAAAUACCACAAAAGCUUCGAAUAUUGAAGAUAUCCCACUGGCUCACCAAAUUUCAAAUUAUCCAACUGAAUUUGAGUAUGAAAAAUUGCCAGAGCAAACAAUUUCGAUUCAACCAGAAGAAGAAAAGAGAGAUGAACCAAGCUUGAAAUUUAAAAUUACUGGCCUCUUCAAAAAGUCGCCAUCACACCUCGAUUAUCCAAUCUCGGAAACUUAUGACGGCCCACUCGAAAAUACCACAAAAGCUUCGAAUAUUGAAGAUAUCCCACUGGCUCACCAAAUUUCAAAUUAUCCAACUGAAUUUGUGUAUGAAAAAUUGCCAGAGCAAACAAUUUCGAUUCAACCAGAAGAAGAAAAGAGAGAUGAACCAAGCUUGAAAUCUAAAAUUACUGGCCUCUUCAAAAAGUCGCCAUCACAUUUGGAUUAUCCAAUCUCGGAAACUUAUGACGGCCCACUCGAAAAUACCACAAAAGCUUCGAAUAUUGAAGAUAUCCCACUGGCUCACCAAAUUUCAAAUUAUCCAACUGAAUUUGAGUAUGAAAAAUUGCCAGAGCAAACAAUUUCGAUUCAACAAGAAGAAGAAAAGAAAGAGGAGCCAAGCUUGAAAUCUAAAAUUACUGGCCUCUUCAAAAAGUCGCCAUCACAUUUGGAUUAUCCAAUCUCGGAAACUUAUGACGGCCCACUCGAAAAUACCACAAAAGCUUCAAAUAUUGAAGAUAUCCCACUGGCUCACCAAAUUUCAAAUUAUCCAACUGAAUUUGAGUAUGAAAAAUUGCCAGAACAAACAAUAUCGAUUCAACAAGAAGAAGAAAAGAGAGAUGAACCAAGCUUGAAAUCUAAAAUUACUGGCCUCUUCAAAAAGUCGCCAUCACAUUUGGAUUAUCCAAUCUCGGAAACUUAUGACGGCCCACUCGAAAAUACCACAAAAGCUUCGAAUAUUGAAGAUAUCCCACUGGCUCACCAAAUUUCAAAUUAUCCAACUGAAUUUGAGUAUGAAAAAUUGCCAGAACAAACAAUAUCGAUUCAACAAGAAGAAGAAAAGAGAGAUGAACCAAGCUUGAAAUCUAAAAUUACUGGCCUCUUCAAAAAGUCGCCAUCACACCUCGAUUAUCCAAUCUCGGAAACUUAUGACGGCCCACUCGAAAAUACCACAAAAGCUUCGAAUAUUGAAGAUAUCCCACUGGCUCACCAAAUUUCAAAUUAUCCAACUGAAUUUGAGUAUGAAAAAUUGCCAGAGCAAACAAUUUCGAUUCAACAAGAAGAAGAAAAGAGAGAUGAACCAAGCUUGAAAUCUAAAAUUACUGGCCUCUUCAAAAAGUCGCCAUCACACCUCGAUUAUCCAAUCUCGGAAACUUAUGACGGCCCACUCGAAAAUACCACAAAAGCUUCGAAUAUUGAAGAUAUCCCACUGGCUCACCAAAUUUCAAAUUAUCCAACUGAAUUUGAGUAUGAAAAAUUGCCAGAGCAAACAAUUUCGAUUCAACAAGAAGAAGAAAAGAGAGAUGAACCAAGCUUGAAAUCUAAAAUUACUGGCCUCUUCAAAAAGUCGCCAUCACAUUUGGAUUAUCCAAUCUCGGAAACUUAUGACGGCCCACUCGAAAAUACCACAAAAGCUUCGAAUAUUGAAGAUAUCCCACUGGCUCACCAAAUUUCAAAUUAUCCAACUGAAUUUGAGUAUGAAAAAUUGCCAGAACAAACAAUUUCGAUUCAACCAGAAGAAGAAAAGAAAGAGGAGCCAAGCUUGAAAUCUAAAAUUACUGGCCUCUUCAAAAAGUCGCCAUCACAUUUGGAUUAUCCAAUCUCGGAAACUUAUGACGGCCCACUCGAAAAUACCACAAAAGCUUCGAAUAUUGAAGAUAUCCCACUGGCUCACCAAAUUUCAAAUUAUCCAACUGAAUUUGAGUAUGAAAAAUUGCCAGAACAAACAAUAUCGAUUCAACAAGAAGAAGAAAAGAGAGAUGAACCAAGCUUGAAAUCUAAAAUUACUGGCCUCUUCAAAAAGUCGCCAUCACAUUUGGAUUAUCCCAUCUCGGAAACUUAUGACGGCCCACUCGAAAAUACCACAAAAGCUUCGAAUAUUGAAGAUAUCCCACUGGCUCACAAAAUUUCAAAUUAUCCAACUGAAUUUGAGUAUGAAAAAUUGCCAGAGCAAACAAUUUCGAUUCAACCAGAAGAAGAGAAGAAAGAGGAGCCAAGCUUGAAAUCUAAAAUUACUGGCCUCUUCAAAAAGUCGCCAUCACAUUUGGAUUAUCCAAUCUCGGAAACUUAUGACGGCCCACUCGAAAAUACCACAAAAGCUUCGAAUAUUGAAGAUAUCCCACUGGCUCACCAAAUUUCAAAUUAUCCAACUGAAUUUGAGUAUGAAAAAUUGCCAGAACAAACAAUAUCGAUUCAAGAAGAAGAAGAAAAGAGAGAUGAACCAAGCUUGAAAUCUAAAAUUACUGGCCUCUUCAAAAAGUCGCCAUCACAUUUGGAUUAUCCCAUCUCGGAAACUUAUGACGGCCCACUCGAAAAUACCACAAAAGCUUCGAAUAUUGAAGAUAUCCCACUGGCUCACCAAAUUUCAAAUUAUCCAACUGAAUUUGAGUAUGAAAAAUUGCCAGAGCAAACAAUUUCGAUUCAACAAGAAGAAGAAAAGAGAGAUGAACCAAGCUUGAAAUCUAAAAUUACUGGCCUCUUCAAAAAGUCGCCAUCACAUUUGGAUUAUCCAAUCUCGGAAACUUAUGACGGCCCACUCGAAAAUACCACAAAAGCUUCGAAUAUUGAAGAUAUCCCACUGGCUCACCAAAUUUCAAAUUAUCCAACUGAAUUUGAGUAUGAAAAAUUGCCAGAACAAACAAUUUCGAUUCAACCAGAAGAAGAAAAGAAAGAGGAGCCAAGCUUGAAAUCUAAAAUUACUGGCCUCUUCAAAAAGUCGCCAUCACAUUUGGAUUAUCCAAUCUCGGAAACUUAUGACGGCCCACUCGAAAAUACCACAAAAGCUUCGAAUAUUGAAGAUAUCCCACUGGCUCACCAAAUUUCAAAUUAUCCAACUGAAUUUGAGUAUGAAAAAUUGCCAGAGCAAACAAUUUCGAUUCAACAAGAAGAAGAAAAGAGAGAUGAACCAAGCUUGAAAUCUAAAAUUACUGGCCUCUUCAAAAAGUCGCCAUCACAUUUGGAUUAUCCAAUCUCGGAAACUUAUGACGGCCCACUCGAAAAUACCACAAAAGCUUCGAAUAUUGAAGAUAUCCCACUGGCUCACCAAAUUUCAAAUUAUCCAACUGAAUUUGAGUAUGAAAAAUUGCCAGAGCAAACAAUUUCGAUUCAACAAGAAGAAGAAAAGAGAGAUGAACCAAGCUUGAAAUCUAAAAUUACUGGCCUCUUCAAAAAGUCGCCAUCACAUUUGGAUUAUCCAAUCUCGGAAACUUAUGACGGCCCACUCGAAAAUACCACAAAAGCUUCGAAUAUUGAAGAUAUCCCACUGGCUCACCAAAUUUCAAAUUAUCCAACUGAAUUUGAGUAUGAAAAAUUGCCAGAGCAAACAAUUUCGAUUCAACAAGAAGAAGAAAAGAGAGAUGAACCAAGCUUGAAAUCUAAAAUUACUGGCCUCUUCAAAAAGUCGCCAUCACAUUUGGAUUAUCCAAUCUCGGAAACUUAUGACGGCCCACUCGAAAAUACCACAAAAGCUUCGAAUAUUGAAGAUAUCCCACUGGCUCACCAAAUUUCAAAUUAUCCAACUGAAUUUGAGUAUGAAAAAUUGCCAGAACAAACAAUUUCGAUUCAACCAGAAGAAGAAAAGAAAGAAGAGCCAAGCUUGAAAUCUAAAAUUACUGGCCUCUUCAAAAAGUCGCCAUCACAUUUGGAUUAUCCAAUCUCGGAAACUUAUGACGGCCCACUCGAAAAUACCACAAAAGCUUCGAAUAUUGAAGAUAUCCCACUGGCUCACCAAAUUUCAAAUUAUCCAACUGAAUUUGAGUAUGAAAAAUUGCCAGAGCAAACAAUUUCGAUUCAACAAGAAGAAGAAAAGAGAGAUGAACCAAGCUUGAAAUCUAAAAUUACUGGCCUCUUCAAAAAGUCGCCAUCACAUUUGGAUUAUCCAAUCUCGGAAACUUAUGACGGCCCACUCGAAAAUACCACAAAAGCUUCGAAUAUUGAAGAUAUCCCACUGGCUCACCAAAUUUCAAAUUAUCCAACUGAAUUUGAGUAUGAAAAAUUGCCAGAGCAAACAAUUUCGAUUCAACAAGAAGAAGAAAAGAGAGAUGAACCAAGCUUGAAAUCUAAAAUUACUGGCCUCUUCAAAAAGUCGCCAUCACAUUUGGAUUAUCCAAUCUCGGAAACUUAUGACGGCCCACUCGAAAAUACCACAAAAGCUUCGAAUAUUGAAGAUAUCCCACUGGCUCACCAAAUUUCAAAUUAUCCAACUGAAUUUGAGUAUGAAAAAUUGCCAGAACAAACAAUUUCGAUUCAACCAGAAGAAGAAAAGAAAGAGGAGCCAAGCUUGAAAUCUAAAAUUACUGGGUUGUUUAAAAAGUCGCCAUCACAUUUGGAUUAUCCAAUCUCGGAAACUUAUGACGGCCCACUCGAAAAUACCACAAAAGCUUCGAAUAUUGAAGAUAUCCCAUUGGCUCACCAAAUUUCAAAUUAUCCAACUGAAUUUGAGUAUGAAAAAUUGCCAGAACAAACAAUUUCGAUUCAACAAGAAGAAGAAAAGAAAGAGGAGCCAAGCUUGAAAUCUAAAAUUACUGGCCUCUUCAAAAAGUCGCCAUCACAUUUGGAUUAUCCAAUCUCGGAAACUUAUGACGGCCCACUCGAAAAUACCACAAAAGCUUCGAAUAUUGAAGAUAUCCCACUGGCUCACCAAAUUUCAAAUUAUCCAACUGAAUUUGAGUAUGAAAAAUUGCCAGAGCAAACAAUUUCGAUUCAACAAGAAGAAGAAAAGAGAGAUGAACCAAGCUUGAAAUCUAAAAUUACUGGCCUCUUCAAAAAGUCGCCAUCACAUUUGGAUUAUCCAAUCUCGGAAACUUAUGACGGCCCACUCGAAAAUACCACAAAAGCUUCGAAUAUUGAAGAUAUCCCACUGGCUCACCAAAUUUCAAAUUAUCCAACUGAAUUUGAGUAUGAAAAAUUGCCAGAGCAAACAAUUUCGAUUCAACUAGAAGAAGAGAAGAAAGAGGAGCCAAGCUUGAAAUCUAAAAUUACUGGCCUCUUCAAAAAGUCGCCAUCACAUUUGGAUUAUCCAAUCUCGGAAACUUAUGACGGCCCACUCGAAAAUACCACAAAAGCUUCGAAUAUUGAAGAUAUCCCACUGGCUCACCAAAUUUCAAAUUAUCCAACUGAAUUUGAGUAUGAAAAAUUGCCAGAACAAACAAUAUCGAUUCAACAAGAAGAAGAAAAGAGAGAUGAACCAAGCUUGAAAUCUAAAAUUACUGGUUUGUUUAAAAAGUCGCCAUCACACCUCGAUUAUCCAAUCUCGGAAACUUAUGACGGCCCACUCGAAAAUACCACAAAAGCUUCGAAUAUUGAAGAUAUCCCACUGGCUCACCAAAUUUCAAAUUAUCCAACUGAAUUUGAGUAUGAAAAAUUGCCAGAGCAAACAAUUUCGAUUCAACCAGAAGAAGAAAAGAGAGAUGAACCAAGCUUGAAAUCUAAAAUUACUGGCCUCUUCAAAAAGUCGCCAUCACAUUUGGAUUAUCCAAUCUCGGAAACUUAUGACGGCCCACUCGAAAAUACCACAAAAGCUUCGAAUAUUGAAGAUAUCCCACUGGCUCACCAAAUUUCAAAUUAUCCAACUGAAUUUGUGUAUGAAAAAUUGCCAGAGCAAACAAUUUCGAUUCAACCAGAAGAAGAAAAGAGAGAUGAACCAAGCUUGAAAUCUAAAAUUACUGGCCUCUUCAAAAAGUCGCCAUCACAUUUGGAUUAUCCAAUCUCGGAAACUUAUGACGGCCCACUCGAAAAUACCACAAAAGCUUCGAAUAUUGAAGAUAUCCCACUGGCUCAUCAAAUUUCAAAUUAUCCAACUGAAUUUGAGUAUGAAAAAUUGCCAGAGCAAACAAUUUCGAUUCAACCAGAAGAAGAAAAGAGAGAUGAACCAAGCUUGAAAUCUAAAAUUACUGGAUUGUUCAAAAAGUCGCCAUCACAUUUGGAUUAUCCAAUCUCGGAAACUUAUGACGGCCCACUCGAAAAUACCACAAAAGCUUCGAAUAUUGAAGAUAUCCCACUGGCUCACCAAAUUUCAAAUUAUCCAACUGAAUUUGAGUAUGAAAAAUUGCCAGAACAAACAAUUUCGAUUCAACCAGAAGAAGAAAAGAAAGAGGAGCCAAGCUUGAAAUCUAAAAUUACUGGCCUCUUCAAAAAGUCGCCAUCACAUUUGGAUUAUCCCAUCUCGGAAACUUAUGACGGCCCACUCGAAAACACCACAAAAGCUUCGAAUAUUGAAGAUAUCCCACUGGCUCACCAAAUUUCAAAUUAUCCAACUGAAUUUGAAUAUGAAAAAUUGACGAAACGAUUUGUUAAAAUUUCAACUGAAAAACAAACAGAAAUGGAAGAUGAACCAAGAUUAAAAUCAACAUAUCAUGGCAAACUGCCACACAGUUCAGAUGAUCACUCAAUGUCAAUCUUGAAAUAUAAGGAUGUUGUCAAAGGAAACAGUGAAGACACAUCAGAAUCAAAAACUCAAAAAGUUUCGUAUGAAAAUGUUGAAUAUUCGAAUGCAGCCGAUUCGGUGAGAGUUUUGAAAACGGAACCAGAAUAUGCAUAUGUUGCACAAGCAAUUUCUCCAAAUUCACAGAAUUUGUUAUCGUUAAAAACCAACAAAAGCGAUUCAACAUCUGCACAAUUCCGAGCUGAACCUUUCAACGAUACAAUCAGUGAAUCAUAUUCUCAAAGAAAUCUAUAUUCUGUCGAAACUCGACAAAAACAUAUCAAAAAGGAAUCUCCUAAAUUUGACGUCUCCUUUAAUAUCAAAGAAAAACCUGCCGAUGAACAAAUUGGUUUUUCUGUAUCUAUUAGUGCAAGAAGCCCACUUCCUCCUCUUGAUAUUGAAGAACCACCUCAACUUCUAUCUGUUGAGAAUCUCAUAAAUUCUCAUCAAAACAGCUCAUCUCCACAACGUCGACUUUCACCACAUACUUGGACAACUGUUAGAGAGACAACUGAAGUCAGCUACAUAAAACGAGUCACUGUGACUAGUUCCACUAAUUUCACUCCGAUUCCGCGAGAAAAAGGACCACAAAAUGGUUGUCGUAUGGCACAUUCUUUUCCAACUUCUGCAGCUCAAAAUGUUCAAAGUGGAAGCACAUGCAGAUGGACAACAUUCGAUGAUCCACUAUUGAAUGUACACCAUCCGAUUUAUCCACCAACUGAGAGUCUUUAUACCCCGAGAUUGCAGAAUUCGAAUUCGGUUAGUUUUUUGUACCGCUCUUAAUUCUAGAAUACUCUGACAAUUGAAAGAGAAAAUGAAAUUACAGAGCCAAAACGGAAAUGGGCUUGGAAGACGAUAUGGAGAUGUGCGUGAAGUAGCAUCGUACGAUAGAACAGAAUUGAUCACUAACUACGAGCUGGAAAGAAACCGAAAUGAAGUUUUCACUGUGGGAACUCCAUUUAUCAUGGGAAGAGUUGAAGCUGAUGAUCGUGGAAACGAAUAUUUGAGGUUCGGAAUUUUUGAUUGAAAAAAGAACAACAAACUUUAAAAAAAAACAACAAAAAAUAUCGUUUUUCUAGAUACAACCCAAAUAAUAACGACUUGCCAAUGAUCGAAGAUGGGGCAAUUGAAUGUCGUAGAGCAACAGUUCGUGCGAGACAGCGGUAAGCACGUUAUCUUAUGGAGACAAACCAAUAUGUGUUUUUUUCAGAGAACUAGACCAAAUCCAACUUGUGGCAGAAAACGAUGAAAUUAAUCGACAGCGUCGUCCUAUGAGGCGCGCUAGACAACGAGUUCGAAACAUUUGCACAAUGCUUUAA